AUGGCACCCGGUCCCACCGUAGAUUCGACAAUGAUAUGGCAAAUGCAAGUUGUGAUUUGCGUGAGCACAAUAGUGACGUGUUUCUUUUUGGUGUGGACGAUGUUGCUGAUAAAUGCAAAUUUAAUGGUGUGGCCAUUAGUGGUAAAUGAGAUGCGUCUGAAAAUGAUUCGUGACAAUGAAUAUGAAUUGGUACAUUGCUAUAAAAGGGAGUUACUACUGAGUCACCUUUUUCAGUCACCCGAUGAGGAGAAUAUAGAUGAGGAACACGCCGGUAUUGAUCAUGUACAGCGAUGA